GCCGGAGGGAGGCGGGGGCGCCGCGGGGAAGGCGCGGCGCACGAUGAACAGAGCAAGUGGGGAGCGGCGCUGCGGGAGGCUCCCGGGGUCACCCUGCCUCGGGGAGAAGGAUACUAUAGCUGUUACAGUACUGGCCAAUGUCUUGGGGCAUUUGCAUUUUUUUCCUACCCUGCCACAGACUUCCUCAGUGAAGCUGGGAUAAAUGGGUGUAUAUGACUUUUCCCCUCAUCUAAAGCAGUUCCAUGUCUUGUUUGGACUGUUCCUGUAUUCUACGUACACCAGUUGAGUCACUCAGACCAGAAAAGCAAUCUCAGAGCAGCAUCCAUGAAUGCCUGGCUGAUUCUGAACUAACCUGGAUUCCCCCAUCUACAGGAGAGAAUGAAAUGAUAUUUUGUUCUUCCAAUGUCUCUCACUAUGAACUCCAGGUGGAAAUAGGAAGGAGAUUCAACAACUUAACUUCAGUCUACCUUGCACGGCAUACACCUACAGGCAUGCAAGUUGCUGUAAGGAUCACAGACCUAGAAAGUUGCUCUGAAGAGCAUUUGAAAGCCUUACAGAAUGAGGUGGUUUUAUCCCACUUUUUCCAGCAUCCCAACGUAAUGACGUUUUGGACUGUGUUUACAGCUGGUAGUUGGCUUUGGGUCAUUUCUCCAUUCAUGGCCUAUGGUUCUGCUAGACACCUGCUGAAGACUUACUUUCCUGAAGGAAUGAGUGAAGCUUUGAUAGGGAACAUUUUGUUUGGUGCAAUCAGAGGAUUAAAUUACAUGCACCAGAAUGGCUACAUUCACAGGAAUAUUAAAGCUAGCCACAUUCUGAUUUCAGGGGAUGGACUGGUUUCUCUCUCUGGUUUAAACAAUUUAUACAGUUUAGUUAACAAUGGACAAAAGUCAAAGGUGGUAUAUGAUUUCCCCCAGUUUAGUACGUCUGUACUUCCUUGGCUGAGUCCUGAACUACUGAGACAGGAUUUGUCUGGGUAUAACAUGAAGUCUGAUAUUUACAGUGUGGGAAUCACAGCAUGUGAAUUAGCCAAUGGACAUGUUCCAUUUCAAGAUAUGCCUCGCACUCAGAUGCUGCUGCAAAAACUGAAAGGUCCUGCAUAUUGUCCUUGGGAUAUAAAUACCUUCCCCCAUGGGGAAUCCAGGAUGAAGAAUUCCCGAUCAGGUGUUGAUUCUGGAAUUGGUGAGAGUAUGACACGCACAAUGACCAGUGAAAGACUAAAAAUUCCCUUUUCCAAAACGUUUUCCCCUGCUUUCCACAACUUGGUAGAACUUUGUUUGCAACAGGACCCCGAGAAAAGGCCAUCAGCAAGCAGUUUGCUUUCGCAUACGUUCUUCAAGCAGAUAAAAGAACAAACACAGAGCUCACUACUGUCCCUGUUACCGCCUCCUAUUCAAAAUAGUAGAUCAGAGCUCUUGGCACUGCCCUCAGCAACAGCUGGGAUUGAACUUGGAUGCAUUACUACAAAUCAACAUGAAACAGACUGGGAAUUCUAAGCAGACACCAAACAAUCAUACCUCUCCUGUGCUUCAAAUAAGGAAAAUGUGAUUUCUACUUGCUGCUUUACUUUGUAUGGUUAAAAUACGAUUAGACAAGGUAUACUUGAAAAUGCAGUUGAAGUGGCCAUAUUUCAUUAACUUAAUCCCAUCUGGGCAUCACGAAGUGCAGUACACCUCACUUUCUCUGACCACAAGGAAAACUGUAUAUAGAGAAUGACUGACCUCUUAUCUCCCUCCUUCCAAAUAUUUCUUUAAAAAUACAGCAGGAGCCCUCUUAUUUGUUGUCUAUAAUGCAUUUUUUUUAGCUCACAUUACUGCAGAUCAAUUGCCUUUCUGAAUGCAAGGCUUUGUUUUUUGUCUACAGCCUUCCUUCAACAAUCUACUUGUCUUUUCAUUAUCACCCAAAUGAUAUGACAGUAAGGAGGAAUCCUCUACUGCAGAAAUUAGCUGAUGAUACGAAAAAAAAAUUUCUCACACCUCCCAGAAGACAUUUUUCUCACUUGACAUGCUGUCAAUACUUGCCAGUUUAGCAGUCCAUCAAGUCUUUCCUGCAAUUUUAAUAUUGCAUGUUGCCCAGAGAAGCUACUUGAAAAUGACUCAUACUCUUGCAUUUGUCUACAGUUUUAGUACAAAUUUGUGCUUUUGCAUCUGCAUUUAUUGAUGUCUUAAAAAAAAUAUAUAUAUAUAUAUCCUCACUACAUUUUAGGAAAAAGUUCUGUCCCAAAGUACCUAUUACUGACUAGUUCUGACAGAAGUGAAAGUGUAUAGAUACAGAAUGGAUACAUUUUGAGUUUUUAACUUAUACAACAUUCCACUGUUAAGUACUUGAGUCUUACACAGCUGGGCUUAUCUGCAACCAGCCUUGAGAAUACUUCUGCUUUGCCAGCAGCUUCCCUGCAAAGCCUUGAAGGCAAAAUGACCAGAAGUCAAGCCUGAGAUGCAUGAAUUUCUAAAUGACCACACUGAAGUAUUAAUAAAAAAAAAUCAAUUCUACUCACUAUGCUGUGAAAAGAGCUCUCAUAAUUCAAAACAUAAUAGGUAAAACUAAAAUUAAGAACCUUUCAAUAAACUUACCUUAUCUGCC